AUGGUCUCCCAUGUUCAUGGGCAUAUAUUUAUGCCUCUGCUUCUGGCGGGGCUAGUCUUCAUGCUACAUUAUCAAAAGAAUAUCACUACUUUUGAUAGCUCUUCUGGUGGACCUAUUGUCUUAAAAGCAUCUUCACUUAUUGUGGCAUACUCACCGCUUAGCAUUCGUCAGGGAGGUGAUGGAAAACAUUUCAGUGGAUACUUUUUUGAUCUGGCUCUAGCAGAAACUGAUAAGCAAUUGGUAAAGUUGGACAAAAUAUACCUUGUCCCUGGGAUGCAUUUGGAUGAUGUGCUUCUUGGUGGACCUGAAAAGUGGAACAAUGGUGUUGACUUUGCUGAAACUAUGGAAAUCUUAAAUGAACAACAUGGUCACAUUGACAAUGGUGCUUCUGUGGAAAUGUUAUCUGAAAGCUAUAAGAGUUUGUACAGAGUUUCAUGCCAAAUGCAGGGAACCUAUAAAAUUGUUUUCAAACGUGGUAAUCUGGUUGGGGAUGGCCAUCCUCUGCCUGCAGUAGCAGAAGUUCCAUUGUCUCCUAUAUGUAGCAUUCCUGCCUCAAUUAUUAUGGUGAAUGGCCACUCUACAGUAAAUGAACGUGAAGUCAGACGGACUGCAAUUCAAGCUGACUGCAGCUCAGGGAGAAUUCGUGGCACCCCUGUUAUUGUGGCAAAUGGGCGCACCAUUAGAUUAGCUGCAAUUGGCAUUAGUAUCUCUGGAGAAGCUUUUGCAAACUCAUCUUCUCUUUAUUUGAGGUGGGAACUUAUCAGUUGUAAUGAGAUGGCUAAUUGGGAUGAUGCUGAUAAUUUAGAGAGGUCGGAGCACGGUUGGGAGAGAUUGACAAAAUUUAUGUCCAGAGCUUUAACUCAAGAAGUGAGACCUCAUCAACUGAAUUUGUUUCUAGAUGCAUAUGACGUUAAAUGUACAGUCCGUGCUACUACCAUUGGUUUCAGAGAUAACAUGGGUGGUCAUAAGUCUGUUCCAUUGCUUGAUAGUUCAGAGAAUGUUCUUGCAGAUGGUAUACAGCUAGUUUCUACACUAAUGGUCAGCCCAGAGUUCAAUCUGGUGUUUUUCGAUCCCAAUGCUAAGGUAAAUUAUAAAGCCAAAGGGUUUCAGCGAACGAGACAAUUGAUCAAACUCCUUGCACUGCUCCCACCGAUGACAGUCAACAACUCCCUUCUCUCCUCCCUCCCUCUUACCAAGCUCACUGCGAAAUUUUGA